CUAAACUCCCUCCCUCUCUCUCUACUCUCUCUCUAAAAAGCUCUCUCUAUCUCUCUCUGUCUCUCACACACAGUUUCACACACUCUGCUCUCUUAUUUCGGUGUGACGUUUGUACUUGAAUGCAUUGACAGACAACACUCACUCGACAAAUUCACCUUCUACACUGAAAACUAGGACACACACACACACACUCAGUCGUACGUGUUUAAUUAUAUACGCAGGGCAUUACGUACAUUCCAAAAAUUUCAAUUUCAUCUUUUCGUUUUCCUCAAUUACUAAUUAAAAUUAAUAACGGAAUCCAAUAAUUUUGAUGGGCGGUCAUCAGCAAGUUAACGGUGGUGAUCUGCGUAUUCGCCGGCGGUGGAACGGAAAUUGCGGAGGCAGACGAGAGUGGGGUGGAUCAAGUGAUCGGCUCGCUUCCACUCCUUCUCUCGAGUGGAAAAUUCGCGGCGGCGCGGCGGCGGCGGUUUCCGCCAGGAAGCUCGGCGCCUGUCUGUGGAAGCUGACUGCAACAACCUCCGGCGGCGGUGGAAACUUGAGGUGGCAAUAUGGGCUAUUUGAUCGCCGCCAAUUUCAGUUGACUAAAUUUUCGACGGAGGAAGCUACAAAAUGGGAUUUCCCCAACUGGAAAGAAGUCGGUUAUUCUGGCAGAAGAUAUAAGAAGAAGCCUACUUCAAUGGCUUCUGCUGAAUUGUUGAAACCUCAAAACCCCCUAAUUGAACUCGAAAAGAACCGUAAUCGAACGAGAGCAAAAAUCGAACACCGAAUGAAGAAGGUCGACGAAGAAGAAAGGGGAUCAUGGAUGAUAAGAACAGAACACCAGAACUUAGUUGAUGGUGUUAAAAGGGAGAGAAGAAAAUGCAAAGAGAUGAAAAUCGUCAACUCCAAGUUGCUUCUUGAUAUUGCCGAGGCCAAGUUAUCGGCCAAGAAAUUAUCGGUAAAUAUCGAAAAGGAGAAGAAAGCCCGAAAAUUAUUGGAGGAUUCGUGUAAUAAUCUGGUCAAACAAAUCGAAGGCAACAAAGCAGAAAUCGGGGGCUUGAUUCAUCAAAGAACGAGAAUGCAAGAGGAAGUUGAUCGAGAAAGAAAAAUGAUGCAAUUAGCCGAGGUUUGGCGUGAAGAACACGCCCAAUCGAAACUAGUUGAUGCAAAGUUGAUUUUGGAAGAUAAAUUAGUCGAGAUAAACAGUCUCAUAGCUGAUCUUGAGGCCUUUUUGGUCAAUGCAUAUUCAGUUACGGAGGCUAGUGAAGUUUCGUCAGAAAAACCACUGAAGAAGAAGCUUCGGAAGAAGAAGAAAGAAUCGUGUGCUAAUAUUAAUAAGGUUGAGACGAACUUGCCAAGAAAUAAAGACGUGUGCAAGAAAAUCCUCAUGGAUCGAAACCCGCACGUGGUUCGAGCUACGAAAGGGCGUCGCCCUAUUGAGUGGCCGCGAGAAAUUCGGAGGGAGGGCGAGAACCUUCUAGAAGCUAAGUUAGAAAGUCAGAAAAUGCUUGUCCGAAAUGUACUCAAACAGAGGAGGUAAAUAUGUUGAUGAUUUUCAAUUUUAACAUGAAAUGAAAUUGAAGUUUCUAAA